AUGUCUCUAACAGCAUCGGCGGCCACUGCGUUGCUAACUGCGCUCGCCGACAAGCCAGAUCACGGAGGCGAGAGGCGGUGGGAAGAUCAGUUGAGAGAGCAGCGCGAUCUGUAUACGCAGUUCGUGAUUAGUUCUGCGCUGGGCUUGGGAGCUUUCUUGACGUUUUGUAUCUUGCGACCAAAGUGGACCGAGCUGUACGCUGCCCGACGAAGACAACGAAACGCCGCUUCGCGCUUACCUGAGCUUCCGAAUACUCUUUUUGGUUGGAUUCCUGUCCUUCAUGGAAUCACCGAAGAGGAAGUGCUCCAGUCCGCCGGGUUGGAUGCCUACGUGUUCCUGUCUUUCUUCAAGUUUGCGAUCCGGUUCCUUCUAGCCAUCUUUAUCUUCGCUGUCGCAAUCAUUCUCCCGCUUCACUACAAAUACACCGGUCAAUAUGGAUUACCAGGAUGGGACAACGUUCCUGACAACAGCACGAUAACUCGCGUCGAUGAUCUUGGGAAGGACAAGCCUAUCACCGACCCGGGAUAUCUAUGGAUAUAUGUCUUGUUCGUUUACGUCUUCAGCGGCUUGGCUUUCUACAUGCUUCUUCAAGAAACGAAACAAAUCAUUCGCACGCGGCAAACCUAUCUCGGUAACCAAACCAGUACAACUGAUCGGACCAUUCGCUUGUCGGGAGUUCCGCAAGAUCUGGAAACCGAGGAAAAAAUCAAAGAAUUUAUUGAAGGUCUCCGUGUCGGCAAGGUUGAGAGUAUCACGAUCUGCCGCAAGUGGCGAGAACUGGAUGAACUGAUCGAUGAGCGACUGAAGGUUGUUCGAGAACUUGAGCGGGCAUGGACGAAGCACCUUGGCUAUAAGCGACCUAAAAGCGAUGGUAAUACUUUGCCUUUGACCAACCAACAGGCGCGGGACGAUGACAACGAACAGUCUGGGUUGCUAUCGGAGUCCGAACGAGACCAUGUUUCGAAUUAUUCCCAGGAGAGGCCCAAAGUCCGCAUCUGGUAUGGUUCGUUCAAGCUUCGCUUCCGAAUGAUCGACGCGAUCGACUAUUACGAGGAGAAACUGCGGAAAAUCGAUGAAUAUAUUCAGAGUGCCCGCGAGAAAGAAUACCCAGCUACAGAAAUCGCAUUUGUGACUAUGGAGUCUAUUGCUUCAUCUCAAAUGCUCGUGCAGGCAAUUCUCGAUCCACACCCAAUGCAAAUGUUCGCCCGACUUGCUCCGGCGCCUGCAGAUGUUAUUUGGAAGAAUACAUAUUUAUCUCGGACCCGAAGAAUGGUUCAGUCGUGGUCUAUCACUGCUGUCAUUGGGUUCUUGACUGUCUUCUGGUCCGUGUUGUUGGUUCCUAUCGCAUCUUUGCUGGAACUGGAGACUCUGCAUAAGAUUGUUCCCCAGCUUGCAGAGUUCCUUCAAGAACACGCAAUUCUUAAGUCUUUGGUUCAGACUGGUUUGCCAACUCUCGCCUUCUCGCUGUUGACAGUUGCUGUCCCUUACGUCUACGAGUGGCUAUCAAAUAAUCAAGGAAUGGUGUCACGCGGUGAUGUCGAACUAUCGAUUAUCUCCAAGAAUUUCUUCUUCUCGUUCUUCAACCUUUUCCUCCUGUUCACUGUGUUCGGAACGGCUAGCGGUUUCUACGGAUUUUGGGAAAAUCUCCGGGAUGCAUUCAAGGACUCGACGACAAUUGCGUUCGCUCUCGCAAAGUCUCUCGAAGGUCUUGCGCCAUUCUACAUCAACCUCUUGAUCCUUCAAGGCCUUGGUCUUUUCCCCUUUAGGCUUCUCGAGUUUGGAAGUGUUGCGCUAUAUCCGCUCCACUUCCUAUCGGCCCGAACACCACGAGAGUAUGCGGAGCUUAACACUCCUCCGAAGUUCAGCUACGGCUUCUCUAUCCCGCAGACCAUCCUGGUUCUCAUCAUCUGCGUGGUGUAUAGUGUCUUCCCGAGCUCAUGGUUGGUCUGCCUGUUCGGCUUGAUCUACUUUACGGUUGGCAAGUUCAUCUACAAGUACCAGCUUUUGUACGCUAUGGACCACCAGCAGCAUUCUACCGGCCGCGCAUGGCCCAUGAUCUGCAAUCGCGUAUUUGUUGGCCUCUUGGUCCACCAACUUGCCAUGAUUGGCGUUUUAGCCCUGCGCCGAGCCAUCACUCGUUCGUUGCUCCUUGUGCCACUUCUCGGCUUCACCGUCUGGUUUUCAUACUGGUUCGGAAGAACCUACGAGCCUCUGAUGAAGUUUAUUGCCCUCAAGAGCAUCAAUCGAGACCAACCGGGUGGUGGCGAUCUCUCCCCCUCCCCUUCAUCGUCCUUCUCACCGCCAUCGGGCUUGGACCGCGACAGCCUGCCCAUUCACAUUGGUGGACAGGAUCUCGAGCUGCGACUGAAGAAGUAUGUCAACCCGAGUCUUAUUUUGCCGCUGCAUGCUGCCUGGCUUCCCCACCGCGCCCACCAUGCCUCUCAAGGCAAUGGGACUUCGCCUUUCGUGGCUCAUCAGACGCCCAAUGUCUAA